AUGUCUAACCGCACUCAGAACGUAGGGCAGCGCGCCGAGCUCGAGAAGGAGCGCAUCGCUCGACAGGGCAAGCAGCUCGCUGGCUCUGUCCCAAAGACCCGCCUCACUCCCCUCAAGAUCUACCUUUUGGCGUACAAUGUCAUCUCGGCGGCGCUCUGGGCGAACCUGCUCUACAUUACCGUCUCGUUCCUCCUCACUGGCAAACCUGGCGCGUCCAACCCGUCGUCCUACCUCACUCGCUUGGCAUCGCUCCACCCCGUCGGCCGAAAGGCCAUCUCGUACAUGCCUUUCCUGGCCGGCAAAUCCUUCCUCAGCGGGUCGUACAACUACAAGAACCUCGGGUGGUUGACCAAGUGGACCCAGACCUUGGCGGUGUUGGAGGUGGUCCAUGCUGCUUUGGGAUGGGUCCGGAGCCCUAUCCUAACUACCGCGAGUCAGGUCGCAAGCAGGGUCUACACCGUAUGGGGCGUUGUGGAGGCUGUCCCAAAGACCCACUCCAACCCUCUCUUCACGACCAUGCUCCUCGCUUGGUCCCUCACCGAGGUCAUUCGGUACACCUACUACGCGACCUCUUUACUGGGUAUCAAGAUCCGCGCACUCGACUGGUUGAGGUACACCACCUUCCUCCCGCUCUACCCCCUCGGCGCGGCCUCCGAGGCAUUCAUCAGCUUCUCCACCCUUCCACCCAUAUCCAAACUCCUGCCGGACUGGCUUAUCGCCAAGAUCCCGACCAACUGGGGCAGGGCGUUGCUGUGGAACAUGACCAAGUCGGGGGUGAAGAGCAAGGUGGGGGCGACUAGGGAGUGGGGGGCGGUGGACUUUUGGAGGUUGGGGCUGUUCCUGGUGUGGUGGCCUUCGCUGUAUGUGCUAUACACGUACAUGCUCAAGCAGAGGAAGAGGGUAUUGGGGACCGGCAAGGUGGUAGGGCGGAUCAACAAGGCGAACUAG